AAUGACAGAUCUUUGAAUUUUAAAUUUAAAUUGACACAAGUGUAUUUUUGAAAAUCAGCUGUUACGGCGCUGCUGUUUCUAACCUCAAUUGUCCAACAAGCACGCAACAGUUUUGUCGAUAUAAAACAGCUGAUUGUCGAAUCGGUGUUCUGUGGAGCAAAGUGCAGUUAUCAGAAAAUACGUGUACACUUUGUUCAUAUAUUUCUAUAUGAAACUGUGUCUGAGUAGUGAUUCAAAGUUUAGUUCUACCAAAAAUAAUGUUGCAAUUUCAUAAAUUUUUUAAGAAAGGAAAGUGUUCUGUUAUAGGAAUGGUACAUGUUAGUGCAUUGCCUGGUACAAAUUUCUUAUUAUCUACAAUAUUAUAAAAAGAAAAGUCAAAAUUUCAAAACGAAUGAUGAUGCAAGAAAAGAAACUGUACCUGAUAAAACUUGUUGAUUGUUGUGUUUAUCAUUGUUUGUUUUCAAAUGUCACAUAAACAGUUUAUCUUUGUUUUUGAUACAAAAGAAAAUAUCAAUUAUAAAUAUCAUCUACCAAAAACAUUGGGAUCACCUUUAUACAAUGGUGAUACAAAGAAACUGUUAGAUAACGCCGUAAAGGAUGCAUUGAUUUAUAAACAUUGUAAUGUUGAUGGUAUCUUGGUGGAAAAUAUGCAUGAUAUUCCAUAUGUAAGACCCAAAGAUAUAUCUCCAGAAACCACAGCAUUUAUGACAAGAAUUUGUACAGAAGUUAAGAGAACAUUACCUGAAAUACCCUGUGGUAUACAGAUUUUAGCAGGAUGUAACAAAGAAGCACUAGCUGUAGCAAAAGCUGCUGAUUUGCAGUUCGUGAGAGCAGAAGGAUUUGUUUUUUCUCACAUUGCAGAUGAAGGUUUUACAGAUUCAUGUGCUGGCUCUUUACUCAGAUAUAGAAAGCAAAUCGAUGCAGAGAAUGUCCUUAUUUUUGUUGAUGUUAAAAAAAAGCAUAGUUCACAUACAAUCACUACUGAUGUAAGCUUAUCAGAAACAGUAAAGGCAGCAGAAUUUUUCUUAGCCGAUGGAAUAAUACUGACAGGAACUGCUACCGGUGAUCCAACAAAUGCAGCUGAGCUUGCAGUUAGUACCGAUAAACAUACGCUCACAGCUGAUACGAUGCACAUGGUAAGAAAUUGCAAAAGAGCGACCGAUAUAGACCUACGUAGAUAUUUCAAUGAAAAUAAAACUGACAAAAAUAAACAACUAGUUAAUGAUAGGUUAUAGGUGAUCUCGUUAAUGAUACGCAUUCCUACACUGCGUCUUAUCUAUUUCUACUAUUUCUAUUGGCAAAGAAUUUUCUUCCGCUUGUGAAACAGGCAACCGUGAAAUUUUUGGCAUGUUUUCAACAAAAUAAAACCCAACUCCAUGUAAAUUCACAAUCGCUCGUGAACGAAUAUAUUAUCUCAUUCAUAUAUUCAUCGCGUGUAGCGCAAUAAUUCUCAACCCGAAGUAAAAAAAAAAGGGAAGAAGCAUGUUUUUAUCGUGCCAUUGUUUUCGCAUUUCGCCGAUAGUCAUUUAUCACUUUACACGCGAAAUAUACUUGAUGGUUUUUAUCGAAAAGAGCAGUCAAUGACUUAAAAUUAAUGGCGGGGUACGCGAUACUGGGUCGUAGGGAACAAAAAAUUUCUCAUAAUAGCUUGGUUACUGCCGUGCAUUGACUCGUAUCAAUCCAACAGGGAAAUGGAGGGAUCCCCCAAACAGUAUUGACAGGGCUGACUCGCGCAGGCGUCUAGUUGCUGGUUAGACUGCCACUAUGCCACUCCGUUUUACAGUGGUCUUCCAACCUCUGUAAAAUCCAUUUGCCGUCGAUUAUUAUUUAUAUUCGACCAAUUUAGCUCCACAGAACCCUUCUUCAAAAUGGAGUCUCUCCAGAAUAUUAUUCCCAAUAUUUACAACGAAUGAAGUUGCCAUCAUCUUUGAAUAAAAAUGACAUUCCAAGUUUUACUCUAACUAUGUUUCAUAAUACCAUAACCUUAGAAGUACCAUUACAAAUAUUUAUAUUUGAUACGU